AUGACCAAACCGAACCGCUCCAAGACGGAGACACCCACCGGACAACCCAAACCAAGACAAAGAAGAUUUAAUCCCAAAGUCAGGACAGGCUGCAAAAAUUGCCGGCUGCGACGAGUGAAGUGCGGCGAAGAGAAGCCGGCUUGUCGACGCUGUGUCUCCUCGAAUCGUGUGUGUGAUGGCUAUGAACCCAUCCGCAUAGCCCAAACGAGUACCAGCUCGACGGGCGAGCUCACGUUGAAAUGGAUUCGACCUACGUCCCUCCCCGACACCACCGUCGAAGAGGACUCAGCGUUCCACCACUUUCGAGUCCAUGUGGUGGACAGUCUGGCGGGGCUCUUCGAUUCCUGUGUAUGGCAUCGCCAUGUCAUUUCCAUCGCUAUGCACGAACCUGCCGCUCGAAACGCGGCCAUUGCUUUGGGCGCACUGGAGCGGCACGAGGACGAUGGCAGCAACGAUGAACUCGCCCUAAAACAUUACAGCAUGUCGAUGCGGGCUCUCCACGACAAGAUACCCCUACAAGGGCAGGCGGCAACGCAGCUGAUUCUCGUAACAUGUCUCCUGUUCGUUGCCUUUGAGCUUCGCAAGAACGGAUGGUUACAGGCACGAUCCCACCUCAACGGUGGAAUGAAGAUCAUUCAGUCCCAGGACGACCCAUCUCCAUCCAGUGCAGGUGCCUUGCAGCCUUUGGUCGAGGCCUUCGAAAGACUUGACAUUCAGGUGUCGCUAUUCACCUCCGCAAGAACACAGCUCAACCGACCUGUAAUGGACGAGAUCAAGAGCCCGGCAAACCGAGAAGUAGUUUUCAGCAGCAUCAAUGAGGCCCAUCAUCACCUAAACCUCCGCAUGGCUGCAAUGUCAGAAUUUGUACAUUUCGCCGACCAACACCGGUUUACUGCGCAAGGAAAGGCGCGUCAUGGAUACGAGCCGUACGAAGAGCAGCUGCUCCAGCAACUGCGUUCACUCCGGGACUGGGAGUUGGCCAUGUCACAACUGAUGCUGAAGUUGACGCGCCCGAAAGACUUGUCUGCGGCAAGGAUACUACAGACUCACCACAUUUGCUGUCGUUUGAUGGUAUCGACCAGUCUCACGGAUGGCCGAGAAAUGCUUUGGGAUAGCUACAUCCCAGACUUCGAACGCAUAAUCGAGAUUGCAGAGGAGCUUCCGCCAAUGCUUCCCAAAACUGCACGCCGUAAUUUCAUGCUGGACAUGGGAAUCGUUUCACCACUCUACUUCACCGCAUUGAAAUGUCGAGACCCCAUAUUGCGCCGUCGAGCCAUCCAAAUUCUCCAAGAACACAACUCCCAAGAAGGGGCCUGGGAUAGCCGUACCAUGGCGGCGGCGGCCUCUUCGCUCAUGUUUGUUGAAGAGCGAGGUCUGCACGCUCCUCGGCGGGCAGCCGACAUCCCUGAAACGAAGCGGCUGUACCGAGCACACUACGACUUGACGAAGAGUGAAAAGCGGCUUUACUGUAAAAGACGGCGCUUUGAGUCCGACGGUGAAUGGAUCGAGUAUACGGAGAGUUUGGGCCUAUGGCCAGGUAGUCCCAUCAAAGCGGAGGAGCAUGAAUGA